CUGUCGACUGACGGAAAGCUUCUCGCAGCAUCAUUCGACUCCAGUGCCAGUGAUAUCUUUGUAUGGCGGCUCCCCGAUGGUCUGCUGGUUCAAUGCCUCCGUAAUGAGCACCAUGGAAAUGCUGUUGUAUCCUUGUCAUUUUCCCCCAACGGCCCCGCUAUCGUCUUACUAGGGUCUUACUUCGACGAGACCUCGAUCGUCUGGGAUGUUCAACAUGGCUGUGUACUCCGACAUCUCAUCGGACGUCAUUCGCGGGUGUUAAACUCUACGUACUCCCCCAACGGCGCACUCAUUGCCACAGCUGACACGGCAGGAUCUGUGAAGAUUUGGGACACCUCAACCGGCGCAUGUCUGUAUACCCCCGAUCUCGAUGAGCACGUGUACCAGGUCACCUUCUCGCCAGAUAGCUCGCGUCUAUGCCUUCCUGCAAGGUUCUCCUGUUUCCUUUACGACAUGCAGUCCUAUAAGCAUAUCGCUACAUUGCGCCACAGUGGGCAUGACCCAGCCGGCUUCUCAAUGUCCCGCCAAGGGGAUCGCAUAGUCACCGGAGCUAUAUACCUCAGGAAUAGCGUGACGGUUUGGGACGCGGUAACCGGCCAAAAGCUUCUUACAAUCGACGACGAGAGAAAGCCGACAAGCCCUGUAGCAUUCUCCCCAGACGGUGCCGAGGUGCUGGCGGUUUGCCAGGGGGACCAAAUGGCCCUCGCUUUCGACUCGCGGACGGGCCAGCCACGCCACACCUUCGAGCUGUCAUACGUGCCCCAUCGUGUUGCAUACUCUCCGAACGGAGAUUACGUUGUUUUUGCAGAUGAUCGCGGUAGUCUCGAGGUGUAUAACGCGAAGUCUCGGACGUUCGUCGGAAAGAGCGAAGGAUUUUGGGAUGACGCAGUACUACAGGAAGUUGUUUUUUUACCCGACAGUCAGACUAUCCUGUCGCAUUUCUCGAGGACCCCAGGCUCUCAUGAGCCUCUCCGUCUAUGUAAUAUCCAGGAUGUAGUGCGAUUGCGAUAG